GGCAGAGUGACUUUCAGACUUGAGUGGUCAUUCAGGAGCCAAGAGUGUAACCAGUUUCCUGAUGAACACAAGAACAUACCUGGCACUCGCAAUCUGCUUUUGACCUAUUUCAAAUCCAAGUCUGUCAUUAUAGACUGGGGGAGAAAAAAAAAUCUAACUCAGAGGACAAAUGUGUUCUUGAAUUGCCUUUCUGUUAGGAGCAGAAGAAAGAAAGAUCAAAUACACAGGGGAAGUUUGAUAGCAGAAAAGAAAGAAAGAGGGAGCAAAGGUGGAGACCAUGUGACGAGACAUAGAGAAAGAGAAGGAAACUAAGAGGGAAGAGGAGACAGAAACCCUAAAGGAUAAUGGCGAAGGGAAUAAGGGGAAAGGGAAAUUGAAUUAUUGCUGAGGAAAAAAUUUCUCUUUAGGAAUUCUGGACCACGGCACUCCCUGUGGCACUGAGCAUGGAAAGCACACAGCACACUCACCCGGCGUGACCCUCUGGACCUAAUGGCCACCCGGACCCAAGUGGUGAUGGCUUCUGUCCUGGUUUAUUUCAUCCAGCUUCCCGGGGCCAGAUGCGAGGAGAACUGUGCCAACACUGAACAUUGCCUGACCACUGACUGGGUGCAUCUCUGGUACAUAUGGUUGCUGGUGGUAGUUGGUGCUCUGCUGCUCCUCUGUGGCCUCACGUCGGUAUGCUUCCGCUGCUGUCUGAGCCACCCGGAAAACGGGGAAGACGGGGCCCCGCCACCCUAUGAAGUGACCGUCAUUGCUUUCGACCAUGACAGCACUCUCCAGAGUACCAUUACAUCUCUGCAGUCCGUGUUUGGCCCUGCAGCUCGGAGAAUCCUGGCAGUGGCUCAUACACACAGCUCCCUGGGCCAGAUGCCCUCCUCUGUGGACACACUACCGGGCUACGAGGAAGCCCUCGGCAUGAGCCGCUUCACAGUGGCAAGGUGUGGGCAGAAAGCUCCCGACUUACCCUCAGUCCCAGAGGAAAAGCAGCUCCCUCCUACAGGGAAGGAAUCUCCUCAGAUAGAAUCCCCAUCACACUGACAGGGGUGCUGAUGGUAUUCCUAAUAUCCAAGGCAUCACACUGAUGGGGGUGCUGAUGGGAUUCCUAAUAUCCAAGGCAUCCUCAGAGUCUGGAAAGAUGCCCAGAUACAUUAAGUGGGUUUUUUUUUGUUGUUGUUUGUUUUGUACCACACAAAAAGGUUCAGCAUGCCAUCUAGACAUUGCUCUGUCAACAAGAUGGGUUCUCACUCUUCAUUCACAACAAUAUGCUUUUUCUGAUGCACAAUCUUCUAAUUGAAUUUUAACUCCUUAUUCACAGUUCAAAGUUUGCAUCUCACCUCUAGCUGUAUUGAUUACUACCAACGCAGGGGAACAUUAAGGUGCCUUAAAUUCCUUCAGCCAUGGCAUGCAUAUAAGUUUCCUUUAACCCUACGUUCCAGCAAACUGCUCUUCCCUCUGCUUGACUGUGAUAACCUUGAAGGGAAGCACACUACAAGCACAGCCACUGACAUCAGUGCCCCAAGCACAGGCGUCUUUUCUUUUAGGAAACAACCACCUUUGUGCUGAACAACAAUGGCCAGCUUUCCACCGCAUAAUCCCCACCUGGACUUGCAGAUUGCAGGGCUGGGUUUGCUCAUAUGAGCAGAGAGACUAUAAUGCAGUAUUGCCACAUAUCAAGACCUUUCUAGCACUUUGGUCCCACCCACAAGUGUGAAACAUUGUAUAAAGUGCAGUAAUGGGUCCCAACAACUUUUCAGGGCUUUGUCCUAGAAACACAGACACUCACACACAUGCACACGAGAGCCCUUUUUUUAAACUCUAAAAGAAAGUAUUGCUUUGCUCUUUCCUUCCUGUUUUCAGGUUGUAAAGCCUUCCCCAGGUUAAGUCUAGAGUGCCUCCUCUGGGCUCUAUCAGUAGCCCUUGCUGCCACCUAGUGGAAUUAUAAUUGAAAAUGCAUUUGCUCCAUAGAGCUCAUUUCUGCACCUUUCCAAUUCUCGGUGUCUGGGUCUUUUGAUGGUGUCACGCUUUGGCGUGUCAGUGCCAAGCUAUUUUGGUCAAGUACUAUCUUCCAAACUACUGUCAUUGCAAUCAAGGAAGUGAGAUGUACUCUGGAAAAAAAAAAACUGCUUAGGGAAGUUACUCAGAUCUUGGAAGGAUUUUCUCAUCUGUAAAUUAGACAUGUGCACGUCAGCGAACACAAAUCCACAAGGCACGAUUUGUAAAGGGUUGUGUGCAUCACUUGUUAUUCUUCCUGUUGUCAUCUGCUCUUCAAUGUCCUGCGGUGACUCCACUGAGAACCAUGUUCUGGUUUGUCCUUUUGCCUGUCUGUUAUGUUACUGUAAAGCUAUAUCUAAAGUGUCUUUAUCUUAUCAAUAAAAAAUGUCUUGAUUGAGAU